AUGUCAUGUUCAAAUAUUCUGGCGCCUGGAGAGCUAAAAGUAAUCCGGCGACCGACAUCGAUUCUAAGGCAUGACUUGACUUGGGGAAAUGUUGCGACCCCGGAUACCCGUCGAUUUGUCCUAGGUUUUACCAUAUGUGGAUCCUUCAUAAGGAUAUGGGUCUUUGGCCGUCUUGAAGGAGUUGUAUCCGAACGGUUUGACACUAACACGGAUGUGCUCCAGUUUGUGUCUACAAUUUUCGGUUUCUUAUACAACAUAUAUGAGCGAGGAGCAAUGUGGACUUGGCCCUACGAUCACCACCAACAAAGGCUAGCGAUUCAUCGGGAUAGAGCAGCACGGAAGCGCAUCGUGAAUGCCCUAGGGGCUCUGCUUAUUGUCAAAGACUCUUGGCAAUACAAAGAGCGCAACGAAGGAAACCAACGAACGAGGGGUUGUCAAUAUCGCACCAUAUCACUAUCAUACGAUGGGUUGAAUCCAUGUCGGCUUAGGCAUCAGAACGGCGAGCAAUCAUCAGCCAGAACGAUUGGAGGAACGAUCAGCAGAAUGAUUGGCGCUCUUGACUAG